UCAAGUUCUUAUCAAAUAAAAUUCAGUUAUAUUUUGUUAAAAAUAGUGCGAGGACGCUUUCGCAAAAUGUUUCUGUUUAACUUAUUUAGGUUAAGUGCAGUGUUAGUUAUUUUAGUGACAAUUAAGUUAAGUUUAACACAGGAAGAUGUAGGUACAGAAACCACAGACGCGCCUAGUACAACAAUAUGCUCGCUAUGCGAAUGCGCAGAUGGCGUGGUCAACUGCGCCAGUCUAAAUAUUACUUCUUUAUUUGAAAUACCUGAUUGGGAUGCACUCAAAGAUUUCAACCCAACCACAGUAAAUCUGAGCUUAAACCCAAUUACUGCUGUAACCAGAAUAAGCAAGCUACCUAUCCAAGUGCUGAACCUAUCUUAUUGCGAAAUUUCAUCAUUAGAAGAUGGCAGCUUCCUAUAUCUUGAAGAUUUGAUGGUGCUGGAUUUGUCAAAUAACAAGAUUUCAACUGCAGCUAUUAAUAGGAAAGUUUUUGUGGGUCCCCUAACGGGUGGAGGUCCCGAAGACUUCAAAAGGAUGCAGUCUUUGAACCUUGCGAACAAUGAUCUUCAUACUUUACCGCAAGAUAUUUUCAUGUUCAUGCCAACUCUUACUAGCUUGGACUUGAGUGGUAACCCUUUGGCAUAUAUAGACCAGGUCACUAUGGGCUCUAUAUCAGAUUUGAAGAAUUUGAGGGAGCUACGCCUCAGCGGGUGUGAUCUAGAAACGUUACCAGAUGGUUUAUUACGAAGACAGCGGAAACUCCGUCAUUUAGACCUCAGCAACAACAGAUUCACUACAAUACCCUUAGUUUUGAGAGAAGCCCCCAACUUGGUCUACUUGAAUCUCGACAGAAUACCCAUGCAAACUUUAGAAGCGAACACAGCCUUAUCAAACUUAACAAAAUUACAAGAACUAAGCAUGAGUCGAUUGAGCAGACUACAGAAUAUUUCAGCUGGUGCCUUGGCAGGGCUUUCAGAUUUAACAAUACUACGUCUGAAUUAUAAUCCCAGGCUGACUAACCUGAAUCCUGAUUUCAUGGUGUGGAAUAAUGAAGAUGAUGAGGAAAUGUGGCCUAAUAUUAAAGAGCUAUAUUUAAACAACAACAACUUAUCAGGCAUAGACUCCGGUAUCCUAGACAGUUGGAAGGACCUAGUGACUGGUGAUUUUUCCACGAAUCCCUUCAACUGUGACUGUAGUAAUCAAUGGAUGGUGGAUGUCUUGGUUCCUCUUCUCAGUGGCAUGCCUACUAACGCUACUAUUAAUAGUAUGGUAUGUAAGAAACCAUCAGAUCUUAGAGGUUUAACCUUCGCCCAGUUGUACAACACAUCUAAAAUCCUCGUGUGUCCAGAAUCUGAGAGCAUAUCGGACCUCCCAAUGGUCUCAAAUAUGGCCAUAAUACUGGGAAUCAUGAUCGGUAUUGUAGUGACAUUUCCAAUAGUAUUAGUACUAGUACUACUUUGGAGAAAAGGAUAUUUUUCCAAGAUGCGAGGAACCAAGUAUCAUUCAGAUGACGAAAAUGAAGACUUAUGAUAAUUUAAGCCUAGAUUAUAAAAUUUAAUAGUUGAAACUAAAAAACACGCUAGUCAUGUAUUGUCAUCAGAACUCUGAGCGUGUGCAAAAUUUCAUCCUAAUCGAAGACCGGGAAGUGGGUCAAAUUAAGAUUCCAAGAUUUUCUUACAGAUGUAGUUAGUUACAAGUGAAGCUAAUAUAAUCGUGUUAAUAAGAGAUUAGUUACCGCCAGUGGUUUUACCUGCAUCCUGUGUGUACUACUCAGCGUACCUGGAUAAAAAAUAUACAGGGUGUGUCGUUCACAAUCACAUUAAAUCCUAUCGUAUAUACUUUAAGAUAUUCUAUGGCGAAUUG